CUUGUAUGUUUUUCAGGUACCUAUCAUACAACAAAAGGAAAGUGAUCUGGAAAAAGAAUAUCGGAAUGGGGUUUUCAGUGAAGAAACUAAAAGUCAAUCUAGUCCAGUUAUAACAGCUUCGGAGUUGGAUGAAAGAAUGUAUCUUCAGAUACGGGGGCAACAAGCAAGAAACAGCUGAAAAAUAUGGAGAAGAGAAAGUUCAUGAGUGGCGACGAAGUUUUGAUAUUCCUCCACCCAAUGGUGAGAGCUUGAAGAUGUGCUCUCGAAGAGCUGUAGCCUAUUUUAGAGAACAUGUUGAACCCCAGCUUCAAUCUGGAAAGCACAUGAUGGUUGCUGCCCAUGCGAAUACCUUGAGGUCUAUCAUCAUGUAUCUAGAAAAAUUAACUCCAGAGAAGGUUAUCUGCCUUAGAAUUGCCAAAUGGGACUCCCUUACUAUACAUACACAAAGAGGGUGAAUUUAUUAGA